UGAGCAAACAUCAAAUAUUUUCAUCAACAAAAAGCGGCCCAAGAAGAAACCCUAAGCUGAUAUAACUAGUACUACAAACGCAGCUUCCUCCUACCCCUUUCCCUUUUUCCCUUUGGUUCACAGAUCUUUGUGUAAUCAACAAUGGUGACUACCGGGAAGAAAUCGAAGAGGACCCAUGAGAGUAUCAACAACAGGUUGGCUCUUGUAAUGAAGAGUGGCAAGUACACUCUUGGUUACAAGACUGUUCUCAAGACUCUCAGGACCUCAAAAGGGAAGUUGAUAUUGAUAUCUAACAACUGCCCACCUUUGAGGAAAUCAGAGAUUGAGUACUAUGCUAUGCUUGCUAAAGUUGGUGUUCACCAUUUCAAUGGAAACAAUGUUGAUCUUGGAACAGCAUGUGGGAAGUUCCACCGUGUGUCAUGCCUCAGCAUCAUUGACCCAGGUGACUCUGACAUUAUCAAGUCUCUACCUGGAGAUCAGUAAGAAUUGGUGAUCUAGUAGUAAUUCCCGGGCUUCCCUAAACCAUUUUACUGAUGUUGAGAAAAACUGUAGUAUCUUUUUGUUCUUGUAUUUCGGAGUUAUACCAAGAUUAUAGAGGAUCUUGGUAUUAUCUAGUUUUGUUGGUUUAUCAUUUCUCCAGAAGUUUGAGGCCAAAUACAUUAUGAUUUAUUCACAGAUCAAUUUUCCUUUAUAA